UUGAAAAUGCGCGUUUUCAAAGUCAUUUCUGUAUAGUGUUACGAUAUUCACAUUUCGGACAUAAGGCGAUUAACAUUUAUCAAAUCCUAAUCAAUUUCCAUAUGCUGCAUGUCUUAUGUUUUUUCAACUUCAUGGUUUACACUGUAGAACCCAAGGGAAACGUGGGAUUUUGUAUUUAUUUAUCUGGGCGCUUAACCAGACGUUUUCAGCGUAAAUCGAGAGGUUGCGAGAUUACAUCAUAGUCCUAAAUCGAGUUUUUUGUAGUAACAGAUAUUUGUUCUAGUAUAGUGUUGAAUAGAAAAAUGCUUACUGCUCUGUAUUUAUUCACUUCUGGCAAAAUGUACACCAAGACCGAAAAAAGUCACUCGUUUUUCACGUCAAGCAGGACAAUUGUCUUCUAAAGGGGGGUCAGCCCGCAUGUCCCUCCUUAUCUUAGUGUCCAUCUUCCUGUGUGCUGCCUCAGUCAUGUACAUGGUGUACCAGAAUUUCCCGGAACUGAGCGAUGAUGAGCGGGAGAAGAUGAAAAUCCCCAAAGACAUGGAUGACGCUAAAGCACUAGGAACAGUGCUGUCAAAAUACAAAGACACCUACUACACUCAAGUGCUGGUAGCAUAUUUCGCCACUUAUGUCUUCCUCCAGACAUUUGCUAUUCCAGGAUCUAUUUUCCUGAGCAUCCUGUCGGGAUACCUCUACCCAUUCCCACUGGCUCUGUUUCUGGUUUGCCUGUGCUCAGGCCUCGGAGCCUCUUUCUGUUACAUGCUGUCGUAUCUUGUGGGCAGACCGGUGGUCUACAAAUAUUUAACGGAAAAGGCAACUAAAUGGUCCCAGCAGGUUGACAAGCACAGAGAACAUCUUAUUAAUUACAUCAUCUUCCUGAGAAUCACUCCUUUCCUUCCUAACUGGUUUAUUAACAUCACUUCACCUGUCAUCAAUGUUCCUUUGGGAGUCUUUUUUGUGGGGACAUUUGUUGGAGUGGCUCCUCCAUCGUUCGUGGCGAUAAACGCCGGGACGACUCUGUACAAGCUCACCACUGCCGGGGAGGCUGUGUCCUGGAACUCCCUGGCUGUGCUGGGGGUCCUGGCUGUCCUCUCCAUCCUUCCGGUCUGCUUCCAGAAGAAGCUGCAGCAGAAGCUGGAGUAGCCCGGCCCUGGAUCACCCUGUCCGUCAGCUCUCGGCUCACCUCUCAGGUCCCUCUGGAGCUUCCUGGCCGGCAGUGAGGCAAACCCGUCUCCACCGCCGCCACGAGCCGCGCAGUUCUGAAACCUCGCGUUCACCCAAAGGACGGGGCUGCUCUCUCGGUGACUCCAGACCUGUUCUUUUUUUAAAGUCUUGCUUUAUUGACUCUGCGUUUAGAAGCUGCUGGGGAGGAAAAGAAAACCUCCGCCAAGCGCACGGUGAAUAAAGAAAGUCAGACAGUUUAGUGGCUUGAAUAAAACUCAUGUUUUUAUUUUUGCCGGUUAAACAGACACUCACCCCUCCGCUGCCUCCUCUUGUCUUUUCACAAAGCAUUGGUCUCUCUGAAGACCUUUUGUAUGUGAUUUUUUUUAAAUGGGAUAUUUUUAAAUAUUUAUUUCAGAGACUUUUUGUCCAUACUUGAUUGUAAAAAAAACAACAAAUUUGAGUAAACGGAAGCAAUAUCUUUAAAAUUAGUCGUUUUACCAUCAUCAGUCUGUGGCAAGCACUCGUUUGCUUAAUCGACAGCUGUGUGUGAAACACUGGUAGAACAAAAGGAAGAUCGGUAUUCAUUUUUGGUGAACCUUCUUUUAUUCAUACUGUUGUUCUUAAAUCCAUACUUUCAUUCAAAUCUUUCCUAUACUAAAGAUGUAAUUAUACAUCUCAUAAUUGGAAAAUUAAAAUCUAUCUCUCUUCCCAAGCACCCUAGUAAGUCUUAGUUUUUGAAGGUGGACUAGAAUUAACAGACAGACUGCUCAAGCCUCCUCAGAAAUCUGUUAUCAUAGCAACAGGCAAGCUGGUAAAAGAUCUGAUCAUUAUUGCUGUGGCAAGAAGGUCAAAGUGGCUUACAUGUGCAGAGUAUGUUCUGAUUUAGUAUAGAAGAGCACGAAUAUGGGCCUCUCCCUGGAUAUGACUGUAUUCCAUCACAGGUUAUCGCCUGAACAGCACAGGGGAAGUAACUGACUGGAGCCUUGAGCCUGCGAGGCUCUGAAUGAGUCUAGGACCCUAACAGCUAACCCAUGCUCUGGGGUUUACUCUGGGAACAAGCCAUAUCUUGAAAUGGAUUUGUCUGGGCAUUAUGGAAAUGGUUUUGGAUGUUGUUACCCCAGUCUGACAUAAUGUGCUACUGAGAAGAAAGAGGGAAUUGAGGAGAGAGUUAAUCUCCUUUGUUUCUCCUAGUAUUCGAUCUCUGAUUGUUUUCUUCUGUUUCUUCUUUGAGUCCUUUGCAGGUGUCUGUUAAAGUCCUUUUUGACAUACUGGUACUUUAAAAUGAGCUGCGGGUUCGUCUCGCACACGGAAGUGUUUCCCAAGGCCUCCUUCUCCAAUAUUUCUCAAGUCGUUUCGUGACUAGGGGUGCUGGUCUGUUUUCCUGUUGGGGCGUCACUGUGUUCGCAGAAGCAUCUUCUUGCUCGCUUCCCCGAGCUUUGUGUCCAGUAACCCGCUCUGAGAGAAUUCAGAACCAAGUGCUUCAGCUCUUGGCACUUCCUGCUUCUCAGCCCUGUAUCAUUCAGAGGGCCUGCACACUGCUCUUGGAAACCCCAUUGUCAACGUUUCAUCUCUUGCUAUUUUGUGCUCUGCCAUGAUGUGACGUACUGUAUUAUUUACCAGAUUAGUCAAAUUGAUGGUCGGGUGUUUAAGUGCGCUCCAUGUGUUAUGAUUUCAAAGAGCUUUGUGGGGUUUUUUUUUUUAAACAUUGGCUGUCACGCUUCUUGCCAGAUUCAAAUUCACGGGGUGGAGGUCUAUUCAAAUGUUAAUGUGGAACUAAAGUGAAUUCUCUGGGUUUCAACAAGUGUUUUAGAUUGUCUGCUGAAACUGCCCCCUUCCUGAAAGUAACAAAGAAUCCACAAGAGGUGGUUUCAAUUAGCACAUACCUGGGGUGUUACUGUUGCUUCCUCAAACCUGACAGGCCAGGUUCUAAUUAUACCAAGAUAAGAUCUCUGUGCUGAAUUGCCUUUUUCCCAGCAAUGUGGUCUGGUUUCAUUUUCCACUGCUGUCCCCCGGACCACUUUUUUGAAAGUUUUUCUUACAGAGUUUAUUUUCUGGUCUUUGUCAACGUAAAGGAGAGUUUGUUUCAAAGAUUUACAUCAAAGGACAGAAAUUUUGGUAAAAUGUAAUAGAAAUAUUAUCUGGUAAACACAGUUACUCUUCAGUUUUACGUGUUUGUUGCAGGACUAUUAAAAAACAUUUUUUUUUUGCUGUAGGUAUUGACCUGAUAGGAGUAUCAUGUAGUUUAUAGCUUAUAUAUGGAAUCCAAAUUUAAUUUAAAAUUAUUUUAUAAUUUAGUUGGAGAUUCUUCUAAGGAGUUAUGAUAUUCAGACUUUAUUGUGUUGUCUAAAACUACCACACAAUAUUAAAUUGUAGUAGAUGUUGGAAAGAAACAGUCGAGGCUGUUUAGGUGGUGCUUGUUCAUGUUAGAAGAGAAACUGCCUUUUCAUGGAGUAAAAAAUAUUUGCCAACAUUUUAAAUGUCAAAGCUGUACUAUAAAAGGGAAACCUUUCCGAUUUACUCGUAAACUGUUGGAACUCUUAGGGUCUGGAUCAUUUAGCUGGUUACCUAGAACUUAUACAAUUUGUUGACAUUUUACACCUAACUGUAUCAGUAUCUGCAUAGUAUCUUUGUCCUCUACGUACUCUUGUAGAUUUUGAAAAAACAUUUUUCAAACCUUCUGAGCUUGAUCUCUAUCAAUUAAAAUGGGAUACUUCAUAACACAUAUUUGUACUAUUAGAAAAAUGUUUGCAGGUCAGGAAUAGUAAAACACACCAGGUGAAUAUAUCUCUAAAUAGUGGUUGCAAUAUUCAGUUUAUAUUCAGUUUGUUUCCUGUACAGGCGUGUGGUGAGCAAGAUGAUUGAAUAUGUCCACUGUUCUGUUCAUGUGUAAAAAGGUCCAUCGGUAAACUACAGUAUUAAAUUGUGCUCCUGAAAUAUGUAAUGCAGUAUGAUCCAUAUUUAUAAAUGCUUUCAUUAAGUCUUUUUCCCCAACGUCACAAAAAAGUUUUAUUAUUCAUAUAUUUAUUAAAAAAAACUAAUAAAAAUCACAUUUGGAAUUUAA